UUUUUUUCUUUAAAAUAAAAAAAAAAAAACAUGAACUUUCAAAAAACUACCAGCGAUUAUUCUUCAUUAGUUUCUUUAGUACGAAACCAACCAUAUCCAACAUAUCCGCAAUAUGCCACAUUCACAUCAAGAUUAAAAACAUAUAAUUUAUUUCCGCCAACUAUACCUCAAAACAAAUAUGUAUUGUCUGAAUGCGGAUUUAUAUAUACAGGGGUUCAAGAUAUUGUUGAAUGCUUCUCUUGUGGACUUGUAUUACAUGACUGGAAGAAGGAUGACAUUCCAUGGAUUGAACACUCGAGACAUAAUUCCAAAUGUAUUUAUGUAUUAUUAUCGAAAGGUAACCACUUUGUAGAACACAUAAUACCCAAAUGUGCAAGACCAAAUGUAAUUUGUGAAACUUAA